AUGGGCAAAGAUUACUAUAAAACGCUGGGCAUCAGUAAAGGAGCCACCGAGGAGGAUAUUAAGAAAGCGUACAAAAAGCAGGCAUUGAAAUGGCAUCCGGAUAAAAACAAGUCCGCGGCAGCCGAGGAGAAAUUCAAGGAGAUCGCGGAGGCUUACGAGGUCCUCAGCGACCCCAAAAAAAGGGACAUUUAUGACCAACAUGGAGAAGAAGGUCUCAAGGGAGGAAGUGGCCCACCUGGCGACGGCCAAGCCAACAACUUCACAUACACCUUCCACGGAGACCCCCACGCCACCUUUGCCACCUUCUUCGGCGGCGCCAACCCCUUCGAGAUGUUCUUCGGGCGCAAGGCGGGAAACGGGCGUGAUGAUGAAGACAUGGAAGUGGACGGAAACGACCCCUUCGGCUCUUUCACUAGCUUCAACCUGAACGGAUUCCCCCGGGACGCACACUGCGGACCGGGAGGGCAGCAGCAACAGCAGCAGCGCCGCAAGCAGGACCCGGCCAUCGUCCACGAGCUUAGGGUCUCCCUGGAGGAGGUCUUUCACGGCUGCACCAAGCGGAUGAAGAUCUCCCGCAAACGUAUGAAUCCCGACGGCAGGACCAUGCGCACGGAGGACAAGAUCCUCGCUAUUGAGAUCAAGCGAGGCUGGAAGGAGGGCACCAAGAUUACCUUCCCUCGCGAGGGUGACGAGUCGCCUAAUACCAUCCCGGCGGACAUUGUGUUUGUCAUCAAGGACAAGCCGCAUCCGCACUUCAGACGGGAGGGUUCCAACAUUGUUUAUCCAGUCCGGGUCAGCUUACGGCAGUCAUUGUGCGGAUGCUCGGUGACCGUGUCAACCAUUGACGGCAACACGUGCAACAUGAAGAUCACCGAUGUGGUGAAGCCAGGCAUGAGGAAGACUGUGGCGGGCCAGGGCCUGCCCUUCCCCAAAAACCCCGAGCAGAGAGGAGACCUCGUGGUGGAAUUUGAUGUGAACUUUCCGGAAACGUUGCCCGGCAACGCCAAGGAUGUCCUGAAGCGUCAUUUACCCACUUAG